UGUUCUUUAAAACGUUUAGUUUAAAAAAAUAAUAAUUACUACAUAACAAUUGGAAAAAUAAAAGUCUGUGACACAUUCACUUUUCAUUGCGAAAUUGGAGAAUGCAGAUUUUUUUUCCACCAAUGAUUAUAAAAUAACUUAUUUUGAACACAUCAAAUCUGCAUGCUAAUUGCUCUUUAGACAUGAGGCUGCCAGAAGGAAUUUGCUGCAUUGUCACAACAACUGGUACACCACAACAGGAAGAGGGCCAAGUUGAAAAAGUGACUGGCUUGUCUACAGCCCAAAGCCUAAAAAGCUCAUGUGAGUCUGAAGGAAAUAGUCCAUGGAGUUGUAGCGGGAUAUUUGUGGACCCCUUAGGUGGCUUGAUUAUUUGUCACGGGUCCAUAUUCUCUCCGUUUCUUCUCAAUAAAGACCAGGAUAUCUCAAGACUUGGACUGUUGCUUCCUGAGGACUUCAGUGAAACUCUGCAGAUUGAAGUCCUGUUUCAUAACUCAGUCGCACAGUACAGCAGAAAGGCAAACCAGUUAGAAAGGCAAGAACUAGAGCUUUUUCCCACAAAGGCGAAUCUCCUAAUGCUGGUGCCAUGUCCUGAAUUUCAGAAGACCUUUUCAAUAAUGUUUAGCAAGUCAGAAAAGUGGCAGUUUUAUAAUGAAGAAGACAAAGUUGAAUUUGCAGAAGUGAAGAAAGAUGCCAAUUUUUUACACUGGUUUGCUCUUCUGAAGUUAACGGCUGUAUUUGCAAAAUCAAUAGAAACAGUUCCUUGGCUUCCUGCUACAGAUCUACAAAAAGGAGACUUAAUCUUUUCUUGUGGUUCCCCUUUUGCUUCAUUCUGUCCUGACAUAUUCAUGAAUACACUUAGCAACGGAAUUGUGAGCAAUCUAGCAGGGCCAAGAAAUGCCCUGAUCCUCACUGAUGCUGUUUGCCUACCUGGUACUGAAGGAGGAGGAAUAUUUGUGAGUAAAGGAGGGCACUUAUUUCUGCUUGGAUUGAUAGUCUCCCCAUUGUGCUGGAAAGCAAAUGAGUGGAUUGGUCUAACAAUAGUCUGCUCCCUGGAGCUGAUUCUACAGAGUAUAAAUAAACGGACAAAUGUCUUUAAAUCUGGUGUAAAGAGGACAGCACAUCACAUAUCAACUGUGGAAAGGAUGCAGUCUUUGGUAAAAAAAACAAACAUGAAAGUACCAAUCCUACAAACUGCUCCUAUGGUGGUUCUGGUAGAGAGUGGUAGUUGCUGGGGUUCAGGAGUGUUGAUGAACUCGCAACUGAUUCUCACCUGCAGACAUGUAGUCAAUGGAGCAGAGAGAGUGAAAGUGAAGAUUGGCGGGACAUCUGGAUGCUUCCACAGCAGGAUAGGAAAAGUGGUCUUUUCUACAAAAGAAGAAUCGCCAUAUGAUGUAGCUGUAUUAUUACUAAAUGAAAGUCUUUUGGAUGCUCCUGAACCCACUUUAGCUUCCACCUUUGUCCCAGGGGAGUCUGUCUGUGUUUUGGGGUUUGGGCUUUUUGGACAGAAUUGUGGACCAUCUGUGACAGCUGGAACUCUGUCCAGAGUCAUGCAGUGUGAGUCUAAAGCUAUAAUGUUGCAGACUACAUGUGCAGUGCAUGCAGGAACAAGUGGAGGAGCAUUGUAUCGCACAAGCACUGGAGAACUACUAGGAAUCGUAACCAGCAAUACCAGAGAUAAUGCAAUCAACAUUACUUAUCCUCACCUGAAUUUUAGCAUCGCCAUCACUGUUCUGAAGCCACUUCUUCAUAAGUACAUCAUAUCUAAAGACAGCUCAGUAUUUGCAGAACUGGAUACUGCCAAUAAUCUGGUAAAAAAUAUAUGGAGGCUUCACAGACGCCAACCCCCUCUACCACAAAGCAAAAUUUAAUUCUAGAGGACAACUUAUAUAACUGGAGUUUCACAAAGUUUUUGGAAUGUCACUUGAAAUACACAAAAUAAAGAUUUUUUUUGCUCUUG